CUUGGGGCUGUGACCUGCUUCGCUCCACUCGUUAACCACCUGUGACAGCAAACAGGAAAUCUCAAAUAUUUAUCAAGUAGAUUUUCACUGGAAAAGCAGCUAUUUCUAUCACUUUUAAGAAGGCGAGAAUGGAGGAAUUUUCUGGUGAAGAGGUACUGAAUAUGCUACCAACUAUUUCGUUGCGAUACUCUUGAGUAUUAAAUCGAAAAUGUAGAUAGCUAGCUGGCACAACAACGCGAUCCAGCUAGAUAGCUAGCUCCCUAGCUAGCCAAAUAGCCAUACAGUGGAAAAGACAACUUCCAAGCUAUUGUUUAAACAACCUAGCCAUAAUCUCUGAGUUACAGCAUUUACCUAACUACCUUGAUAUUACUGUGCAUCUCAGUUUCAGUCCUAGAAUUUUGACCAUUCUAACUGCAGUGAAAGGUGUGGUGAGUUGAAGAGAUGCUAAUGCUAGUCUAUCUGACUCAUCACUGGUACAUUGUUUCUAGGGCUCUUUCAACUCAGAAGAGGCCAGUAACUCCGUGAAAGAGGUAAUUACUAUCUAUUGAGUAAGCGUCAAGACGUUGAAAUACGUUUGAAUAACCAAAUGGGAAUAUUGAUGUUAAGAUGGCUUUUAAAAUACAUAGUUUUAGCUAGCAAAUACUUCGUGUAAAUUGACAGUGAGGUAUCAUGUGAAACUAUAUCCAGCCUCGCGGUCUGGUUUUCCCGAUUACUAAAGACACUCAGUCACAUCCCCAGUAUAGACGUGACUGAAUACAGCACUGUUCACAUCAGGUCCCAUGCUCCCACAUGCCUUCAGGGGCCAGCCUUCUCAGAACUGUGUGUGUGUCCAUCUUGCAGUGCAUUCAGAGUAUCAUUGGAGAAGAGAGCUACAGACAGGACACUGUGAACCAGUGGACAGCCAAGAUUGUGGAGCAAGCCCUCACCCUGCUGGUCAAACAGACUAAGUCAUACAAGUACAUUGGUAUGGCUGCCGUCAUCUCCUAUUGAACACACAGACUUGUUCAUUUUAUCGUAGAUCCAGCAUACAAACCUAUUGUAUGGUGCCAGUGGUGAAACCAUAUGUGACAAAACACAAUUGCUUAUUGACAUUGUGAUUAUGAUUUGACCCCUGCCUGUACCUCUCUCUACAGUUAACUGUGCUGUCAUGCAGAAGAGUGGUGCUGGUCUCCACACAGCUAAUUCCUGCUACUGGGACACGGUUACUGAUGGUAAGAUAACAUCGACCACUGCUCAGUUCACAGCUAACUCCUGCUACUGGGACACGGUUACUGAUGGUAAGAUAACAUCGACCACUGCUCAGUUCAAAGCCUUUCCUAGCUACAGGUUGUUACACCAGGUAAUGGGAUUUAACCAUACAUUUUUGGUAUCCAUUACUGGGAGUUACAGGUUAGGUACUGUUUGGUGUAGCACAGAAAAUGUAUGACCAACCUUAACUUGGCGAUACUAUCUUCGUUCUUGAUUCGGCCAAACAUGUAUAUUCUAAAAUGUCUGUGUCCAUUGGCAGGUGGUGCGUUUUUAAUUUAGAAAAUGCUCCGUUAUAAAAAUAAUUGUUUUGCUCAUUGAAGUAAUCGACAAUGUGUACACCGCCAUCUUGUCUAUUUCAAAUCUUCUUUCAUUGAACGAAACAGGUGAGUGUCAUCAUUGGGGUGGAACCACGUCUCUUCACUAAAGCAGCCCUCCCCAGCUGCCUAGGAAACACUGCUACUGCUUAUCAAACUGACCCAUGCACUGUCUGUUCCUUUCUUUCAGGGAGCUGCACAGUGAAAUGGGAGAACCGCACUAUGUACUGUGUGGUCAGUGUGUUUGCUGUGGCCUUAACCCCCUAGACCAGGACCAACCCUGAUACUUCUGAGAGAGAGGGUGCAAUGCUUCACCCAUCUGGCAGGGGGAGGUAUUCAGUAAUCAGUAGCUCACUGUACAUUCUAUGCUGAAUGGGACAAGCAGAGAGACGGCUAUAGAUGCGGUAAAGGGGUCAAUGGAACUCGACCAAAACAAUGGAAAUGUCAUGGAAACGCGUGUGGGAAAGAUCC